AUGCCUCUAGUUGUCCCCGUAGUUGUGAGACUGAAGACAGCGUUAAAAAUGUGCAUUCAAAGGUUACGCUAUGCACAAGAGAAACAACAGGCCUUGGUUAAACAGGCGAGAAGGGAGGUUGCCCAGCUAUUGGCACAAGGAAAGGAACAGAAAGCCUACUAUAGGGUUGAAGCGUUGAUUAAUGACGAUAUCCACAUUGAGCUCCUUGAGAUCCUGGAACUAUAUUGCGAACUAUUGCAUACCAGAGUAGCUAUUUUAAAUGCGAUUACAGACGAGGCAGACCUAAUAUCCAAUCACUUAGAAGAUGGCAUCAAUGAAGCAGUCCGUGCACUCAUCUAUGCUCAACUCUACACGCCGGAAAUUAAGGAUCUAACUCAGGUCAAGGAUCUUUUGACGCAUAAGUUUGGAAUACCUUUUCUGAAAGCAAUAAUGGAUGAGCGUACCGGUGUUCCUGAUAAAAUUACUAAGAAGUGCUCGCCUUACUUGCCAAAUAGUGAGCUAGUGAACCUAUACCUGAGUGAGAUAGCCAACUUAUAUGAGGUUCCGUUCAGCGGUUUGGAAGACAAACAGUCUGAAGCACAGGAAGAUUCCGGUACUAUACAGGACGACUUGCAGGCAGCAGAUGAAGAUACCUCGGAUGGAAGGCCGAUUCAAGCACUCGAAAAUGACGAACUGGGUGAUUCAAAGCAUCCGAUUACCGUUAAGAAACCCAGGAAAAACAGUGAAACACUGGAGCAUGAUUUGAAAAUUCCUCCGUCAAUAAUUAAAGAUGUCAAAAUCUCACAGAAGCGAGAGAAGGUUAACAAGGACGAGCUCGAAGAACUUAAACGCCGCUUCGAAGCCUUGCGUAGAUAA